GAGGAGGAAUAUAACCAAGAAGAAUCACGGAUCGUUUUCCGACAGUCGAAGCGUGUAUCCCUUUAAACGUUCAACUCCUUUCAGAGAUCGUCCCGACACCCGACUUCUAGACGAAUAGUGACAUUCGUUUUGUUACCUGGUUACCCCAUUUGAGUUGUGCAACCAAUUGAGAAACUACAUUAAACAUCAACCAACAAAGACCGGAGGGUUGCUCUCAUGCCGUGCUCCAGGCGAGAAUGAAAAGUAGUCGAUAGAAGAGCAGCAGUCACUAGCCCGGGCAGCCUUUGUCAACGCGUCACAAAAUGUCAUCUAGUCGAAACAAGCUGCGACUCAUCUUCGAUCUCCUACUCCUGCUGUUAUCGAUAAGGUGCUGUACCGUGACGUCUCAAAGUUUCAACUCGUCAAAUCAUUUGACAGACAUUAGACCGACCAAAACUCGACACAAUGUGUCCCUGUUGCUAGAUAAGCUGCUCGACAAUUACAAUCAUCACCUGAGGCCUGAUAUAGGAGGUCCGCCGACCUUUGUGGACGUUGACAUUAUGGUGCGAAGCAUGGGGCCCGUUUCGGAGGCAGACAUGACGUUUUCGCUCGACUGCUACUUCCGGCAAACGUGGAGGGACACGCGAUUGGCUCAUCAACAAGUCUCAAAAUCGGAUGACCAACUCUCGCUAAGUGUGUCCAUGUUAGAUCGCAUUUGGAAGCCAGACACCUACUUCUACAAUGGCAAAAACUCGUACCUGCACACUAUCACUACGCCGAAUAAGUUGGUGCGCCUAUUUCCCGAUGGUCGAAUACUCUACUCUUCUAGGUUGACCAUCAAGGCGAGUUGCCCCAUGGAACUACGCAAAUUCCCGAUGGAUGUUCAACUCUGUCCGCUCAACAUGGGAAGCUUUGCCUACACCCAAUCGGAAGCCAUAUAUCGCUGGAACAAGGACCGCCAGAUCGUGAUCGCGUCGGGCAUGAAAAUGUCCCAAUUCGAUCUCGUUUCCGCGCCCGUCUCGAAUUAUACAAUCAGUUUCAAACACGGUAAUCAUUCAAUGAUAUCGGUACGAUUCCACCUUCACCGACACAUGGGGAGUUUCCUUAUUCAAGUUUACGGACCUUGUAUUCUACUUGUUGUGCUAUCAUGGGUCUCGUUCUGGCUCAACAGAGAAGCAACAGCGGAUCGAGUGAGCCUAGGUGUCACCACGGUCCUUACUAUGACUUUCCUGGGUUUGGAGGCCCGAGCAAAUCUACCCAAAGUGACCUAUCCCACCGCUCUGGAUCACUUCAUUUUCUUAUCAUUCGGGUUUAUAUUCGCGACCAUUGUUCAGUUCGCCUUUGUUCACUAUUUCACUAAAAACGGCUUCGGGGAACUCUAUUUUUCUGACAUGACUGUGGACGACGAAGAUGAUGAGCAGCUCGACAGUUCUGAUGAAGGCUUUCCUUCAGCGACGCACACUCCGUCACCCACCGUGGCUCGAAAGAAGAAGAUCCACCCAAGAGAGGAGGUGUAUAGUGUGGAGAACCACCUACGCAAUAUGAAAGCAGAAGAAACGGCCAUUGUGCAGAUCCAGCCAGAUGAUGGUUCUUCUCCAUCGCAAAGGCGGGAAAAAAAGACAAAUCAAAGGAAGGCGCAGCAGUGGGACGGCAAGGCGAUGAAUUCCGUCUCCAAAAUCGAUAAAAUUUCACGAAUUUUCUUCCCUGUUCUUUUCAUAGCCAUAAAUUUGUUCUACUGGUACACCUACGCCACUCCGACGUCGGAGUGAAGUUGACACAAUCCAAGAAAGUUGUGGGUACAGCGUU